AUGCCUUUUGAGAAAAUCGCAGACAUAAAAACAUUCAUACAAACACAUAAGUCAAACCCAGAACAUUAUUUUGAGUGUUUUGGCAAGAAAAAAAUUCGAGCGCACAGCUGUUUGAUCCAUGUUACGAAACUUCAAUUAACUAUCCAUUCGACUAGAUCAAGUGCUCUCAGAAGGGACCCGACCAUAUCUUUAAACAGGCACUGGAUUGUAAUUCUCAACGAAAAGGCAAGCGUGGUCGUCAAACUUGAUGACAAACAGCAAGAACAAAUAGCAAGAAAGGCGAAAAAGAUCAGGAGGCAUGGAGCGAAAUUAAAUGCAAGGCUCAAGACCGAUCGCAGUGGAGGUGUACAUCCAGGGGACAUAGGAGAUUAG